AUAUAUCCCAAUAUGGCAACCCUUGCUGCUGAUAAAGAAGCGAUAAAAUUUGUAGAGGCUCUUUCCAACAAAAAGAUUAAAGAGAAGUAUAAGAUAAUUGAUGAAUUCACACAGUUUAUCUUCCCUGAGGGGCAUAAGCCAACAAAGUUUAGUAAAGAAAUACUCUCAACUCUUCUUGAUGGAGAUUAUGACAGAAAGCUAAUCGGAUUGUGUCAAAUAUGAUGAGGCAAAAGGAAGGUAUCAAAGAAGCUCAAGAGAUCUUCAAUAGCUGCAAUGAACCUAGUGCAUAAGUUACUGUUUGACCAUUCAAUGUCCAGAACUGUCAAGGUGUUCUUUAAAAGUCUUGAUCCUGAUGUUUAUCUCUCUAUGAAUCUUGGAAAGCAUUUCCUUGGGAGUCACAAUAGUAAGGAUGACAAUAAGGCUCUGGAUAUUAUCAAAUUUAUUAAAGCCGAAAGGCCUCGACUAACAAUUGAUGAGAUUGUAAUGAAAGAAAAAGCAUACAAAUAAGUUAGAAAUGAUUUUGAGCAAUUUUGAGCACGAUCCAGAAGAGCAAAAGAAGUAUUUAAUUGACCAAGUUGAAGAAACCCAACCUGAACAAACUAUUCUAGAACCAACAGAGGACAUACAAGUAGAAGAUGAUAUCCGAGAUGAUGGCGAAUAUCUCAAAGAACCUACAACAUGGGCUGAAGUAAACGAAGACGACGAUUUACUUGACAUUAACCAACAAGAUCUUCCUUCUCUGGCUACCUACAACCCCAAAGUCUCUGCUCCAUCUCAAUCACUCUCUAUCCUCGAAGACUUCACUCACAACUUCAAAUCAAAAUCCAACCAUGAUAAAUUUUCAUGUGCUUCGACUCUGGUUGAAAAAUCUGUGAAAUCCUACUUGAAUCACGAAUACAUCGGGUCAGACAAAGCCUUCUCUACAAAGUCGAGUAGACCGUUCAUCAAGGCGAUGAAUGUCUUGGAAGACGUUUACAAGGAACUUUUUCACACUAGAUCCUACGGAGCCGUCGAAUCUGUGGCCAAGGAGACCCUUGACCAAGAUUUGAAAGAGAUUUCAACUCUUCAAGCCAAAAUCGAUGUUUAUGUGAAACCUCUUAAGCAAAAGCUUAAGGAUCUGAAUAUAUAGCUCAGCGUGCAGAAGAGGCUUUGAGUCUUGAACAAAGCUCAUUGUUCUACAUGGAUGAAGACUUGGUAGACCCAGCCGGCAACAAGGUUAAAACUAUCGGCAAUGUGAACAAAGCUAUCAAUGAGAUAAAAUAUAAGAUUGAAAAUAGUAAUCUGGAGUACAAAGAUUCAGACUCAUCGGCAUACUAUAAAAGCUUAGUUGAUCUCUACUCCUUCCUUCACAAUGAAGAUAGGGAUGUCGGAGCAGAGAUGGCUACAGAUACUAUGAUUGAUUCCUUACAGAAAAGAGUCCUCUCAUCAUUUGAUAAACUUGAUUUUGAGUAAGAGAUUUAGUAAACAAAAGUUGGGCAAGAGGAAAGUCACAGUUAAGGAGUUAGCUGCCUGAUAAAGGUACUCUAACGU